UUUCAAACUCGCUUUCUCCGUAAUUUGUUUGCGCUUGGUUACGAGUAAGUGAGAAUUCUGACUCCAGAUUACUAAAAAAGGCGUUAAUGGUCUUGUCUCUCACAAUGAAUGUGUUGAAGGCACAUAAUUUCAUCACUUUGAACAUACUCAUAUUCAGUAAAAGUAUUUUCUGUGAUCUACAUUGAACUAGUAAAGUAAGAUAACUGUGAAAGGAAAAAGCGAAGAAAGUCAAUAACCAAUGCCUGACAAUGAAAAUCGAAAUGAACGUUCACAGCAAAGAAGACAUCCUCAACUGCUACGUCAAAUGGAACAAGAUGAAGUUACUUUCUUGUGUGUACUAUUUCUAUUGAAAUCAUGCAUCAACUUUUAAUGACAACCCGGUGGCAGUGAGCGGUCAACUGGUGACUGGAAAAUUCCUCAGUCUUCUUGUGAUAAUGAUCCUUGCAUGAUAACGAAUCAUUGUGUAACAAACUCAAAUCAUGUAAAACAUACUUCAGAUGAUAAAUCAAAAUCUCACUCACCAAUAUCAACUGAUAACCAACAGCAUGUAAGUCGUAAGCACUUCCAACUACCUCAAGAUAGUCGAACUAGCAGUAGCGCUGGUAGUGGAGCAACCGGAAUUAUGAGUGGAGGAAGUCAAAGCAGUGGCGGCAGUAAACAUGGUGAUGGUAAUGGCAGUAGUAGUAGUGGUGGUGGUAAAUCUAGACUAGUUUGUUCGAGUGCAUUUAACCGAGGAACUCGAUGUAGUAGUAGUGCUUCCUCGUCGACUGAAGAAACUGAAGCUCGUGAAAAACGCUUUGGUAGUGUAGAUUUACAUCCUUUGCCUAGUGUAGCAUUAACAGCUAUAAUGAAUCAAGCAAUACAACAUAGUUUGUAUGCUGAUUCUUCUAUACAAACUCCUGAACAACUCCAGUAUGCUACACUACUGGCAGCUCACAAGACCUAUACAGAUUCCUCUGGUCAAAUCAAUAUACAAUUGAAUACAUCAUCUGUCCAAGCGUCUACCAAUGAUUUAGUUAAUCUGUUAUCAAAAACAACAAAUCGUGCUAGUUCUAAUUCUAUGAAGUCAAUAAUUCCAAAUGUUUCUAGUCAAAAUGAUACACCUCAAUUAAAUCAAAAUUUUCUAUUGGAAUUAUUUCCUCCUAACCUAUGGUCAAGAUUGAUUUGUCCAGUACAUGCAGAUACUCUGCUUGCUCAAAUUUCUUAUACUUUAUCUAACCGGAACAAUGAGGUAAAUGAAGGGAAUAGUGAAACAUUGAACUCACUUACAACAAACCAACAAUCUAGUGUAAAUAUACCAUCUGCAUCAACAUUACAUGAUAAUGGUAGUGCUAAUAGUAUAAGACAGCCAACCGAUACAACAGCAGUAAUCACCGGUGUAAGUGGAACACAAACAGGACAAUAUCCAACUAGUAUGACUGAUUCCAAUUCCAGUAAUAAUAAUAACAUCCAGUCAAAUGGUCCCCAACGUAUUGGUCCAUACUAUCUGGGUCCUACACUUGGUCGUGGUAACUUUGCUGUUGUGAAAUUAGGCAAACACUCUCAGUUAGCUGUAAAGGUUGCCAUAAAAAUAAUGAAUAAAGAUUUAAUUGGUUCAAAAAAUCUUGGUAAGGUUUCACGAGAACUUGAAGCAAUGAAACGUUGUCAACAUCCACAUAUUAUCCGAUUAUAUCAUGUAAUGGAGACAGAGUCAAAUAUUUUUAUGGUUACUGAAUACGCUAGUAAAGGUGAAGUAUUUGAUCAUAUAAGCUUGUCGCAUGCUUUCACAGAGAAAGAAGCUAGAGAGUUAUUUUGGCAAAUUGUUUGUGCAAUUGAAUUCUGUCAUAAUUCUGGUAUUGUUCAUCGAGAUUUAAAGGCAGAAAAUCUAUUGUUAGAUUCUGAUUUUAAAAUUAAGGUUGCUGAUUUUGGAUUUUGUAAUUUCUUUCAAAAUGAUCAACUAUUAUCAACUCAUUGUGGUAGUCCUCAAUAUGCUGCACCUGAAUUAUUUAAAGGUGAACCAUAUGAUGGAACGUUGGCUGAUGUAUGGAGCUUAGGUGUCAUUCUUUACAUUCUUGUUUGCGGUUCAUUUCCUUUCCCCGGUGAAUCUCUUGGUGACAUUCGUACUCAAGUACUUCGUGGUCUUGUACGUUUUCCAUUUUAUUUGUCAACUGCUUGUGAAUAUGUUAUACGCUGUAUGCUGCAGGUUGAUCCUACAAGACGAUUCAAAUUGAAGCAGGUUAUGACAACAGCAUGGAUGCAAGAAUCACCAAAUGUGGAACAUUAUAAAUCUCUUAUGAAUAAAUAUCAAAUUCAUGCAAAAGAACGUCAAUUUGAAAUAUUAUUUCAUCAUCAACAUCCUGAACAUAGUAAGAUAGCUAAAGAAGAAUACCUGGAAAGAGUUGAACGUAAACUUGAUAUUGGUAUUAUAAGAGCGUUGUCAAACGAAGCAGGUUUAGAUGAAGAACAAAUUCGCCAAUCUACUAUUCAAAGGAAAUAUGAUAGAUAUCAUGCAGCUUAUGAACUAUUAAAAGAUAAAAUUGAAUUUUUCUACCAUAAUCCUAUCCUCAGAAAGUUUGUUAAUGACCAAAUACAAAAAGAAAUCAACUUCUUUGCCAAACCGCAAACAAUAGAAAGACAAAGUCAACGAUUAUCUUCGCAAUCGUCUAUUAUUAUUGGCGAUUGUAGUUCACGUGGUGAACAGGCCGGUUCAAACAGCUUUAAUCUAGCAUCAUCAUCAUCAUCAGCAUCAUCAUCAACAACAACAGCAAUGUCAGCACAACUACCUACUGUACUUGAUGUUCUCGAUGAAACAAUGUUAGAAGGACGAAAUCUCUUGGGUGAUCUAAAAAUGUCAAGUGAUUGUAGUAAUAUAUUAGAUGUACAAAUGAAAGAUAAUUCUUAUCUUAUUAGUGAUGAUACUAUUGUUUCUGUUAAUUCUACUACUUCCAGAAAUACUGUUAUGACAUUAUCUAAUCCUAAUAAAUCUGUAAAUAUAUGUUUUGAUAAUACACACAAUGGUGAGAAAGGUGUAGAUGAUAUGAGAAUGUCCAAGGGAAGUAACUUGAAGGAGUGGAAAAGUGCUUCACAGCCUAAGAAUACAGAACUGAAUGCUGCCGUAUGCAUACUGAAAGCUGAUGAAGAUGAAAUUCUUUCUCAUUUCGGUAUUGAUCCUACUCCAAUAAAUAAGUUAUUUUCAAGUUCAACUAGACGGCAUACAUUACAAUUUGCCAAUUCUUUAUUUCAUAAACCCUCUCAUCAUCGUGAUAAUUUGGAUAAUAUUCUAAUCAAUAACGAUGAUGAUGAUGAUGGUGAUGAAAGUCAUAAAUCUACUGCGAAUACAACUACAGCUGCUAUGACUAACAUUUCAUCUGUGACUAUGAAUCCAAAAACUGAAAACAUUCAUGAACAAACUGAUGCUAGUACCAAUAAUCAGGUAAUAUCAUUCACAGAUUGCAGUAGUACAAAACGUACUCCAAUACGUCGUUUCCCACGUCAAAUAACUCAACCUCAUGCAAAUAGAUUACAGUAUAAUCAAAAUAAUUCAGAGAAUUCUGAUCAAAUGUUACUUAAUCGUUUAGAUUGGAUGCUAAAUACUUGGGAGACAACUCAAUCAGAAUUUAAAAAACCGCUUAUGAUUCAAUCAAAACGACCUUAUUUAAAUAAAAUAAGUAAACAAAAUGAUGAGACAUUGACAUCACUAGAACUUGGCCAAGAGGCAGCUACAACUAAAUUACCAGUUAUAGAGAGCGAUCCAGUGACAUCAAAAACAACACUGGCGGCAACAAAUGAUGAUGAUGAUGAUCAAGAUGAUGUUUCAAUUAUAAUUAAUCAAGUGAAACGCCUACCAGAAAUAGAGUCUAUACAAUUGAUGGAGAAUAUCCCAUUAGAUUACAGUGUAUCAGUAAUGGAUAAACCGAAUAUUAUAACUGGAACAAGCAUAUCCACAAAAGCAGAAUACCCGAAUUCAAUGCAAUGCUCUUAUGAGUCUGCAUCGAGAAGUCAACUUGAUUCAUCAGAUUUUCCGAAUCUACCGACAAAUUUACGUGAUGCUUUAUUGGGUCGUAUUCCAGAACAGAUUUCAGUAGACAUGAAUACAGAUUCUAAUAAAACAAUGGAUAUUACAGGGAAUAUUUCAAUUGAAAAACCCUCUAUGUUAGAAAAUUCUUGCUGGUCGACUGCACAUAUUUCAGAUGAUGUAGACGAAGACGAAGAUGAUAAUGCAUGUGAUCCUGCAGCUGGAGUACUAGGAACACUAUUACCACAACUUAAUUUACCAGCUAAUUUACCUGCUAUGAUUCAUCAACCUGUAGCGUGUUUCACUGUUAAAGAUCCGAAUUUAUUAGCUCCACCGGAAUUUAUGACUCCUCAUAGUUCUAGUUUCCCUCGUAGAUCAUCUGAUGGUGCAGCUGAUCUGCAACCGCUUCAUCGACCUGUUAUUACCGUGGGUGGUAGUUAUCCUGAGCAAGCGAAUUAUCGUAAAGAGAGCUCUGGAGCUGGAAGUGAAAACUCAUCUUUAGCUGUUAUAAAUCCUGUGCGUCCGCCUAAACCAGAGUCUACAGAAGGAGUGACACCUAGUGUGAAUGUAACAAAUUUAUCAGAUUGGGUUAGAACAUCUCGACCAAGAUAUGAUAAAACACCAUCAAAUAACAGUGAUCUUUCAAAGCAGUCAUCAUCCACAGCAGGUCAAUUAUCACAUGAAUCACGUUCUCGAUCUUUAGCUGCUCAACAGCGUUCUUUAUUUACAGCUUUACAUUCUCAUAAAAGACGUCUUCCAUUAGGCUUAUGGUGGAAAUUGACACAUAAAAAAUUUAAUCAAACUGGUGAAGAUUUUAAAAGUGAAUUAUGGAAAGCUCAAUUUAUUCGACAUCAAAAACGUUUCAGUUUGCCAGUGAAUUGUGGACCAGUUAGACGACCUUCAGAUACUGUAAAGAGAGAGUUACAGUGUAAAUGUCAUCAACCGUUAACAUCAGAACUGUUACAAGAGAUUAAAGAGAAGUUAAAUGAUGCAUCAUGGUUUCAGAAAUCGAAUGUUACAGAAAUUACUGUAAAUAGUUGUUCAACUACUGAAAGACAAUAUAAUCUUGAAGAUGUACCAGAAAUAUAUCGUCGUGGAAGUGAGGCUAGUCAAAUGACAGCAUGGGAGCAACGAUUACGACAAUAUAGUGACUUAUAUAAUCCUGGUACACAUACACAAAUUGGAUCCAGUUUGCAUCAACCUGUUGCUGAAAUAGAAACAGAUGAUGAUAUGAAAUUAACUUCACACUAUUCACUUUUUUCAUCUCCGUUUACUGAUGAAUCUUUUAUUUCAAGUACAGCAAUAACAAAGGAUACACAUACUAAUCCAAUAACAGAAACGAUAAGAACAACAAGAACACCAAACACUGGUCCUCAACUUAUGUCAUGUAAAACACAAUUCAUUUUAGAUUCUGUUAAAGAGGAUAAUUCUUUAAGACCUGCAUGGAAUGAACCAUUUGAGUCUCAUGCGAAUACUGCAAAUGUAUCGCCUAUUAGUCAGUCAGGUAUUGAAUUGACUGACUUGAAAACAGAACUUCAUAAGCUUGAAGUAGAAAGUAAUACUAUGGAAUCGAAAGUUGCUGAUGGUAUGCUUAUAUCAUCGACAGACUUAUCGAAAUCUGUAGAUGAUUAUGGAAUACAUAGAUUGAAUGAUUCAACACAUUUACCGAAAUUUAUGCUGUCUUCUGAAACAUCUAACAUACCUUCAUUUUUAUCUGAUCAAGCAAUCAAUAUUCAACAAUCAACACUGCCAAUAAAAUAUAUACGUAUACCAAAUGAACAAUCACCUUCUACUUCAUCAUCUGUCUACUGGUCCCAUCGUGUCGUUGAAAAUGGUGUACAUCGUCGUGCUUCAUCUGUGGUUGGUGCACCAAUAGAGUCAAGUUACUUAGUUCCUAGUCAAGAUUUACUUGAAAAACCAGAGGAUAGAGUUCGUAGGCAUAGACAUUCUGUUGGAGAAAUGUUUGAUGAUAAAAUUCCCAACUUUGAUUAUGAAUACUGUUCAGGCAUAGAUCCUAACGUAUUCAGUGCUAGUUCAGAGUUUCAGCCGUCUUCAAUGCAGACAGGAGUUAAUUUGAAUUCAGAUAUGAUUCAUGUUUCACCAAACGAUGGAAUAAGUAUAAAAUCAUUAUCAUCUUUUUCUACAUCUACAACACUAACUGGUAAUAAUAGUAGUAAUACAGGUAUUGGUCAACGUCUGUUUGAUCGAUUACGUCCAGAACGAACAAAUUAUUUACAUAUCUUACAACAUCAAGGUGGAUCGUUAGAUCGUCGUUUAAAUCCCGAUUUUCUUAGAAGUCCACGACGAAAAAUCUAUCAAGAGUGGCUACCAAAGUUAACUGAAUUGUCUCGGAAGGCAUUUGAUGCUGCUCGAGAUAAGGUGAAUAAAGUCAAGACAACAAAUAAUCCACAGUCAUUAGUUUGUAAUCUAGUACAUUCAGAUAUACUUUAUCCAACAUCUUGUUAUGUAACCAGUAAUACAAAUCCAUUGCCUACAGAUAGACAAGAUAAAGAUGAUGGAAUCAAUACAACACAAACAGAUCAAGUCAUUGUUGACCAAAAAAUUCAUAAUGAGAAAAAUAUUAUCACUACUGGAUUUAAUGUUACUGGUGAUAACCCUGUAGAUAUUGUACCUGAGCCAGAUGUAGAUCAAGAUAUUGAUGAAGAAGAGGAUGAUGAAAAAGACUGUGCUCUGGCUCCAUUAAAAACACAUGUAGCUGCUGCCAAUGUUCAGUCAAUUCAUUAUCCAACUCGACCUAGACAUAGAACAAUUAAUCAAAGUAUGGGACAAAAUUUAGGCUAUCCACAACAAGUAAUGCCUUUCUUUCAUGGAAAUCUACGUAAUUCAUCUACUAUACAACAACAUCAAAGUACAUGUAUUCCUCAGAUGCCUAUGAAUGGUGCUACACUAGGUGGUUAUGGACUUCAGGAUUUAGUUGAUUUCUCCAAUCCACAAGCAUUGCCCGCUGCUGCCGCCGCAGCCUCAUUACUUCUAUUCCGUUCAACUGACGAUGAUGAUGACUUAGCUGCUAUUGAUCGUGUUAACCAGCGUAUAGCUUUAAGCAGAUUAACUGGUAAUUUUUCAGAUACUAGUUCAUUAAUAGACGAAUAUCCGAAUGUAAUUGGUGGAACAUUGACUCCUCCACAAAUACCGCAGCCCCAGCCACCUCUACUAUCAUCAGUACAACCAAAUCGGUCAUUACCUGUAUCGCAACCUAUCCAUAGAACACAGUUGUCACAUUCCACAGUUAUAAAUCAAACUAAACAGGCAAAAUAAUCCAUUAUACCCUCAUCAGCAGGAUUCUCACCAAUAAACUUCGAGUAUUGUUUUGCCUCAACGAACCGGUAUACUGGUCUAUUGAAUUCAUUAUAAAAAAUGGACGACAACAACAAUCAGUCUGGUAUAUGUAAUAUUCACUACAUCUGAAAUAAGAAAACAAGAAGAAAACAGAUACAUUAUGAAAACCUUCAUUUUUAUGGAAUAACUACCUUAUAACUAUUUUUCAUCUUCCCCAUUAUUAAUUGUACUUAUCUAUUACUGACAUUUCAUUGUAUCUUUCUUCUCCCCACCGUGUUCCCCAAUAAUUACAAAAAAGUUGAAUUGACUUUAUUGCUUAUAUCUCUUCAACUUUUCCUUUUCUUUUCAAUAUUUCAAUAUAUACUUGACAAUUUAUAAGAAACGGAUGAACUGAUGUUGGGUAACUUUCGAUUUCAUGUGGUAUAUGAAAUAAAAUUGAGUCACCUUUCUUCUUUGUUCAACUUUUAUUUAGACAAAUGAAAGCAGUCUUUCUUUUUAUCUUUUUCAUAGACUUCUUUAUCUCUUGUCCCAGUUUACUUUACCUUUGAUUUCUCUUUAAUCUAUAUCUCCUUGUUUUUACUUUCGUUUCCUUUUGAGUGUGAUUAAUAACCUGCUUUUUACGGUUAUAGCCAUCAUCAUCAUCAUCAUCAUCAUCAGUAUAAUCUCAAUCAUUGUGGGUAUCAUUGUCAAUAUCCUUACUAUCAUGAUUACAAGUUGUAAACAGCUGAUGAGAAACCAUGAAAUGAAUGGAUCCAUGCUAUUCGCCUGAAGCUAUUGUGCUUGCUCUAUUGAAACUUGUGAAACUGGAAAAUUGCAUCAAAUAAAUAUCGUCAAUGUGAAGUUAAUAACUCAAUCCCAGAUACAAAGCAACUUUUUUCGAUGCUCUCUAUGGAGAAGUCAGCUAAUAAUUAAUUUAAUGGUGAGGCUGUUUCGAUUUACUGUUUUCUGGUUACAUCAGUAGUUCAUCUCAACUUCUGGUGUAGUUAUUUAUCAAACAAUAGAUAUUCAGCGAGG